AGAGACAUGGCCUCCUCCAGCGACAGCAGGCGGAACUGCACCGUGCAGAGGAACAGCACUCUGUCACUACUUUGGACCAGAAGUUUUUCAUUCUGAUUUGAAAUUCAUUAUUCCAGCCAUUUCUAGAAGCUUCUUAAUGCGAGAAGGAAAGUGAAAUCUGAAAGUGGUGGAAGGCACUUUUGAAGAUGUCAGUAUUAAGGUUGCUGUCAAUGCUGAUGGUCUUUCCCUACAUACAUUGUACAGAAAAGGAGGAUAUUCGAGCAGGUUGCAGUACAGCUGCAAAUGAUCUUGUAUACAUCAUUGAUGGAUCCUGGAGUGUGGGCUACAAAGACUUUGACACAGCCAAGCGCUGGCUUGUGAACAUCACCAGUGGCUUUGAUGUAGGCCCCCAUUACUCCCAGGUGGCCGUAGUGCAGUACAGCGACACUCCUCGGCUAGAGAUCCCACUCGGUGCUCAUCAGCGUGCCCAAGAACUCAUCGAAGCUAUCCAGGCCAUCCGUUACAUGGGAGGAAACACUCAGACUGGGCGUGCCAUUAAGUUUGCAGUAGAUCACGUGUUUGCUUCAUCACAGCGCAGUGACACCACUAGGAAUCGCAUAGCUGUAGUGGUGACUGAUGGGAAAUCUCAGGAUGAUGUGGUGGAUGCUAGUGUAGAGGCUCGACGGCAAGGAAUCACUGUAUUUGCAGUGGGAGUGGGCUCGGAGAUCACCACCUCAGAGCUUGUUGCUAUCGCUAACACGCCAUCCAGCUUCUAUGUGCUGUAUGCACAGGACUACACCACCAUUGAUCGCAUCCGAGACUCAAUGGAACAAAAGCUUUGUGAAGAAUCUGUAUGUCCCACACGUAUCCCUGUGGCCUCACGGGAUGAGAAGGGCUUUGAGCUGAUGCUCGGGAUGAAAAUCCAUGAGAAAGCCAAGAGGAUAUCGGGCUCUUUGCUGUCAGAGGCAGCCUACUUCCUGGACAAAGGGGUGGACAUUACUGAGGAGACAAGGGAGAUCUUUCCAGAGGGUCUUCCUCCAUCCUAUGUGUUUGUGGCCACUCUGCAGCUGAAAGGCACUGCAAGCAGGGAGAAGUUUGACCUGUGGAGGGUUCUUUCUAAAGAUCACGAAGUCCAAGUGGCUGUGACCCUCCAUGCACAGGAGAAUUCUGUCAUCUUUACCACCACAAACAUGGCAAGUGGGGUACAGGUGGUCACUUUUGAUGCCCAAGGCCUUCAGAAACUCUUUGAUCGACGAUGGCAUCAGCUUAAGAUUCUCGUCAGACCAAAGCACGUCAUCUGUUAUUUGGAUGACCAGGUGAUCCAGGAAGUGGAUCUUGAGCCAGUUGUGCCCAUUUUUAUCAAUGGGAAAACUCAGAUUGCCAAACAUUACAAUGCUGAAGCUACAAUCCCUUUGGGAAUCCAAAAACUGAGGCUGUACUGUGAUCCAAUGCAAAGUGAAAGAGAAACUGCAUGUGAGAUUUAUUCUGUGGAUGAUGAGAGGCGAAUCAACAGCUAG